GAACAAUUUCAUUGUGUCAGAGACUUCAACUUCUGUCCUUCUCUGUCUUCCACAACUAUCUCUCCUGUGCUUUUUGCUCCUUUUUAAUUACUCUUCAAACUAUGCGUUACAGAGUGUUACUAUCAUCUUCUUGAUGAUGAUGAAGCUCUGUGUUUUAGGGUUUUCAAAAUCAAGAAACUUGCUUUAAUGGCUUAAUGGGUGUUUCUGUUCACUCUUUGCUCCUUCUGAACUACCAUUCUCUACUGUGACCCUCCAUCCCCCACCAUGUACUCUCUCUCUUUCUCUUUCUCUCUCUGGUCGUUCAGACAAUCUCUUCCUAGACCUCACAUUUUGUAGACUUAAGCUUUACUCACUUUGAAUCACUGUGUUUUCUCCAGACACAAAAUACCCAUUAGUAAUCAAGAACAGAAAUUUUCUUUGGCUCUUGUCUUCUCUCUGUGUAGAACAGAAGUUUUAAUCACAGCGUAUCAGAUGUGAAAAGCUAGCUUUCUAUGAACAAAGUUUUAUUCUUUUGCAUCUCUGUUUUUUUUUACUCCAUUGCAAGCUACCAUCAAUACAGCUUCGUCUCUCUCUCUCUCUCUCUCUUCCUGUCGCAGUCCCACCAGUAAAGCUCUAUAUUUAUCAUUUUCUUAUCUUUCUUGAUAGAUUGAGACACCAAGUUUAGUUUCCAGGCAGAGAGAAGAAAGAGAGAGAGAGAGAGAGAGAGAGAGAGAGAGAGAGAGAGAGAGAGAGAGAGAGGGCUGGUCUCUGUUUGUGUGCGCCUCUCUACUGCCUUCAAGGACCCGUAAUGGCCACCUUUACCGGCAUUCUCCUCCUGCUCUCUCUCAUCUUCACCGCCACUGUCUCUACCAGCACUACUAGUCUCCACCGUCACCUCCUCCACCAACCCUUUUUCCCUCUUUCUACCACAGUGCCUCCAGUUCAACCUCCUUCUCUUCCUCCUCAAGCUCAAGCUCAAGCUCAACCUCUGCCUCAAACCCAACCUAAAUAUCCAUUCUCAGCCACUCCCAAUAUCCCACAAAAACCUUUCUUUCCUUCUUUUCCCUCCCCUCCUCCUCCUCCUUCCUUUUCUACUCUGGCAACUUUUCCGGCUAACAUUUCCUCCCUCCUCUUUCCCCACUCUCCUUCCCCUACCUCUCACCGCCACAUUAUCAUCUCCAUCUCCAUUUCCGUUUCUCUCCUUUUUGCUGCAAUCCUAGCUGCACUAUCUGCCUUCUUCCUUUACUCCCGCCGUCAGCACCACCGCUAUGUCAACACCUCCGAGAAAACCUCACGAUCCGACAGCCUUCGUCUUUUCCCACCAAAUACUAUCCCUUCUGAUGGUUCUCCAAAACCUCCGAAGCUUCCACACAGGCCAGGCGUUCUCAACACCAGUUCAGAGUUCCUCUACUUGGGUACAUUGGUAAACUCUCGAAGUGGCGUCGAUGAUCAUCAGAAGAUUACGAGUUCGAGCCAUGCUGGAGUCAAGAUUGGCAUUACAUCCUCCCCAUAUCAGAAGCUGGGCUCUCCCGAGCUGAAACCGCUGCCACCAUUACCAAAACAUAACUAUACUCCGACUUAUAGAAGUGGAGAGGUACUGGUUGGCUCUUACAAGGACGAUGAAGCUGAUACGGAUACAGAGGAAGAUGAGUUCUUUUCGCCGAGAGGUUCAUCUGGGCGAAAAGAGACUAUGCAAGAGAGUCCGGUGCGUGUGGAGUCGAGUUCUAGAAGAGAGUUUCGAGGUAUACAUGGAGAAACUUUUGGGUCUCGAAGUUUCAAUUCAAGAACUGCAUCGUAUCCGAUUUCUAAUUCUUGCUCUCCAGCAAAUUCUAUACCUACUAGUCCCUCUCCAUUGUCGAAUUUGAGUCCUAUAAGCUCAAAAUCCAAAUCGCCGGAGAUUAUCAUCAGCUUUCCUGGUCCAAUUCAGACCGUGAAGCGAUCACCAUUGUCCAUUUCUUUAUCUUCUUCACCGUCCUUUUCAGGCAGAGAUUCAGGGAAUACCCAGAACUCUCCGGAGCGGAAUUCAGGCACACUUGAGAGAAGCAACCUGUCCCCUACGAGAAUCGAGACUACUAAGCAGUUCGUACCAACAAAACUGCCGCCACCUCCUCCACCGCCUCCACCCCCGCGUUUUUGGGAGAUACCAGUUGGGGUAAUUCCGGCUCCGGAUGUGGAUAUGGGGAGUUCUGGGCCUCCGGUUCUUGUUACUCCUUCGAGGCCCGUUUUUAUUCAAAAUGGAAUACCAGUUGUAGCUAAUGAGCAAUCGCAGAGCAGUGCAUGCUUUGAGAGGAAUGACGAAACCCUGAAACCAAAAUUGAAGCCAUUACAUUGGGAUAAAGUUAGAGCAAGCUCUGAUCGGGCCAUGGUGUGGGAUCAGAUUAAAUCCAGUUCUUUUCAAUUAAAUGAGGAAAUGAUUGAGACUCUGUUUACUGUAAACAAUUCGAAUAUGAAUACCAAAGACAAUAAUCCAAGGCGGCAGUCUCUUCCAUUGCAAAAUCAGGAGAAUCGUGUGCUUGAUCCCAAGAAGUCUCAGAACAUUGCAAUAUUGUUGAGGGCACUAAAUGUCACCAUUGAUGAAGUUUGUGAGGCCCUUUUGGAAGGAAACUCAGAUACAUUGGGAACAGAGCUUCUGGAGAGCUUAUUAAAGAUGGCACCAACUAAAGAAGAAGAACACAGACUAAAGGAGUUCAAGGAUGAGUCACCAUUUAAGCUUGGUCCUGCUGAGAAGUUUCUGAAAGCAGUGCUUGAUAUUCCCUUUGCAUUUAAGAGGGUCGAUGCAAUGCUUUAUAUUGCUAAUUUUGAUUCAGAAGUUGAAUACCUCAAAAGGUCUUUUGAAACUCUGGAGGUAGCUUGUGCAGAAUUGAGAAACAGCAAAAUGUUCCUGAAGCUUCUAGAAGCAGUGCUAAAGACUGGGAACCGCAUGAAUGUGGGCACCAACCGUGGUGAUGCCCAUGCCUUCAAGCUUGACACACUCCUUAAGCUAGUUGAUGUGAAGGGGACUGAUGGGAAGACUACUCUCUUGCAUUUUGUUGUACAAGAAAUCAUCAGAUCUGAAGGUUCUCGCCUUUCCGGUGUAAAUCAGAAUCAAACAGCUGAGAGAAGUGAACAAUCCACAUUCCAGGAUGACGUCGAAUUUAGAAAGCUUGGCCUGCAAGUUGUUUCAGGAUUGAGUGGAGAGCUCACCAAUGUAAAAAAAGCCGCAGCAAUGGAUUCAGAUGUGCUCAGCAGUGAAGUUGCAAAACUGGCCAUGGGAAUUGCGAAAGUAAGGGAAGUUCUGGAACUAAACGAGGAAAUUGUGGUGAAGGAGAGUAGCAAGAAGUUCUCAGAAUCAAUGAAUGGAAUCGUGAAGAAAGCAGAGGAUGAAAUUAUAAGGAUUCAAGCACAAGAGAAGAUUGCUCUCUCCUUGGUGAAGGAAAUAACAGAGUAUUUCCAUGGGAACUCGGCCAAGGAAGAAGCUCAUCCGUUUCGGAUUUUUAUGGUGGUGAGAGAUUUUCUUUCAAUUCUUGAUCAGGUAUGCAAAGAAGUCGGGAAGAUCAACGAGCGGACUAUAUACAGUUCAGUUCGUCCAAUGCCGAUAAAUCCAAACCUUCCACCAGUUUUUCCUGGAUUAAAUGGAAGACAGCAAUAUGGCACAUUGGAUGAUGAAAAUUAUUCCUUGUCCUAGUUUUGAUAUCUACACAAGUUGAGCCUGCAAUGCUGCUGAACUUCUCACUAUCAGAAAAUCAGUAUCAGAUUCAAAAUAGGAUUUGAAUUGAGCUUCUUGGAGUCUUUUGGGUUGGCCUCUUUACUUGUCUCUUUUUUUUUUUUUUUUUUUUUUCCUACCUUUUUAUCUAAAUAUAUUUUCGGGCUACGAGAUUUUGGAUUUGUUUAUUAUGUGUAAUAUACUAAUGGAAUUAUAUCAGGGCAUAAUAAAGUAGUAAUGCUAGAAUAGUUGAAUCUAUCAUGUAAA